GCUUUUGGUUUCCAAAUAUGGCAUUUGUUAUGCACUCAAACAAAACCCUUCCGCCAUGUUGAGAUGUCGAAUACCUGGAAAACGAGAUGAAAUUCGCUGAAAAACAUAUGCUUUCCGAGAAAUUGAUACUCUAAACGAUGGACAAAUGAAAGUUAAGAUGGAGCGAACUUUCCUGUUAGCCGUUUUGCUGACAAUCUUCGUGUCUUCGGGAUUAGGGGAAGACACGACAACCCUAACAGACUAUAACCGAAUCUGUGUGAUUCCACUUGGCCAGUCAGUGAAUGAGACAGAAAAGUGCUAUAAGUAUGGUCUAGCUGAUUUUGGUCAGUUGCUGAGUAGAAGUAUUCAGGGUUUUGGUGUUUUGGCCAGUCCUAAAAAUGCCUGUUCAACUGUACAGCCUAUCAAGUCGAAGUCUAAUAUGUUCUGGUUCCUCGUGAUAGAAGAUGGAGGCUGCUCUUUUGGAGAGAAGGCAUAUAUGGCCCAAAAAGGUGAAUAUGAUGCCGCCAUCAUUUAUAGUCUGACCUCUGAUAAGAUUAUCGACAUGGAGUCUGAUGAAUAUGGAAGGAAAGCAGAUGAAAUUGUUGCUAUUCAUAUUGGAAAGACAGCCGCCAAAGAGUUAACAAGAAUUGAUGUCCUGGCACGGAACAACAUUGUCAUCACCCCUCAGAACUUACUUUUGUGGAAUGUUGAGGUCUACAUUAUCCCAUUUGCUAUCAUUGUUGGAAUUUGUUUUGUCCUUAUGGGACUUUUUAUGAUAAGCCGCUAUUAUCGUCAUUAUUUAGAAAAACGUAGGAACAGGCUUUCCCUUACAAAUCUACGUAAAAUUCCCACAAAGAAAUUCAAGAAAGGUGAUGAGUAUUAUGACGUGUGUGCUAUCUGUCUGGAUGAGUAUAAAGAGGGUGACAAACUGCGAAUACUCCCUUGCGAUCAUGCCUACCACUGUAAGUGUGUGGAUCCAUGGCUGACAGAAGGCAAGAGGACAUGCCCAGUGUGCAAGCGACCGGUCGAGACCAGCAAGAAAAAGAAGCAGGGCAGACAAGGAUCUGCCGAUGCUGAACAGGGUCAUCACGAGCACGAGCCUAGUGAGACAACGCCCCUUAUUCGCCCUUCUACCCAAACUUCGACUGCCUUGCCAGUAUGAUCCUUUUACUGCUUUUCUCCUUACUCGACUGGUGUGAUCCACUUUUUGGUGGUGAUAAAGCAGUAAAGGAUCAAGCCAUUAGUGAUAAUUUUCGUUCCUUUAUGUAUUAAAUAAUGUUUUUACCCGUGAUGAGGCGAGCAUAGAAUGCCCAAGACAUGUUCCAUUGUAGAUCCACUGCAAGCUAUAAGGGAUAGCCUUAGGACAUGAUGUUCUUCUGAAUGGCCAAAUAAACCCCCAACCCAAAAUCAUGUCCAUGGAAUGAUAUGUAUUUUUCAAUCUUUCACAUUUUCAAGCCUGGUCCCUUUUAGUUUGUAAACACCCAUACCUGGCUGAUUGUGUCACUCUUGUGGUACUGAUGAUGUAUACCAAGAUUUGUAUUAGGUUUUGAAAAUAUAAUCUAGUCACAUUUGUUUACACACUUACCUACAAUAUGGACAUUUAAAAAUCUGUUUUAUCUAAAAAAAAAUUACUAUGUAUGAUUUAAUGAAAUGUAUUGAGUGUAAAUAGCCGUGUGAACGUUUUUAUGAGCUCUGGCUAAUCGUAAUAUAACAGCAGAUACAGUGUCAAUGAUUUUGCUGGUUCCUUCUUGUGCAUGUGAAAGUGUAAAAUGCUAAAGUAUAAGAUGCUGUAUAAAGUUUAGCAUGGCUACAAUUAGAUGAUGAAAAAGGUUUCUUUUAAACAAGAGAUCUCUGUUUACAGAGUAAAGUUAAAAAUAUAUAUUGCUAAAUAAGUUAGUUCAUGGGUGAGUUGGCAGGAGAGGUUGAUAGCUGUCAAGUAUGUGAUGAAACCUUUGUAGCUAACUAUCAAUUCUAUAUCAAAUCUAAAUGACUCUUAUAUUGUGGUAUACUUAGAAUAACAGGUAUUCCCUCAAUACUGGAGUCAAGUUUUGUAGUAUACUUAUUCUUAUAGCUCUUGCAAAUGUAUGUAGUGUAGGUACUGUAACAAGCCCAUGCCCAGGAUUUUUCUAGGGGGGGGAGGGGUCCAAAAUCUGAAAAGUGGACCAAAGGGACAUUUAUUAUUAGAUUUUGCUAAAAAAAGGUUUGGCUCAUACAUUUAUGACAUACCAGUAGUGAUCUAGAAUGCCUUUUUAUAUUUAAUUCACCUGCACCCCCCUGGAUACGGGCCUGGGUAAUAUUAUCAUAGAUAAUGUAAGUGUAUUGUAAGUUAGCCAGACAAGUUUAAUGAUUUUUAUAGAUUUUCUCAGCCCAAGGCUGCUGGUAUCUUUGUCAUGUCUUAUCCAGAAAGGGCCAUACACCUAUUUUAAAUAAGGUUGGAAAAUCCAUGUGUUGUAAGGUGUUUUAUGGGUAUCAAGUAGUCAACCAUAAAAGUGAAAAUAAAAACAAGUCAAGGUUGAGAAAGCUGUAGCAUUUUUUUACUUUUUUUUUCAGCCAUAUUACCCAUAAACCACCGUGGGUUACGAUUCAAGGGUGUAACCUUAUUUGAAAUAGGUCUAUAUUUAUAUACAUUUCUUGUAUCAUAUCCAUAUAAAUAUCAAUAAAACAUAAUACUGCU